AUGGACAGUCCUGUCUCAAUUCCAGCUUGUUUGAAAAGUCCCCCCCUCCCUUCACAUUGCCAAAGGAAACAUCCCGCCAUGUCAUACAGAGGACCUAAUCAAAUCAGAAACCCAUUUGAUCCUGCAGGUGCCCAAUAUCAGGAGCAACCACAAGGAUUCACCAAUCACCACGUCCCUCACUCUGUAGCGAGACGUGCCUCCAUCAUUGAUACUAUUGACAGGAUGAUCCCAUCGGAUCACCCGGCAGUGAGGAAGUUUGAAGCAUUCACAGAGAAAAUUGAUGCUGCAAUGGAUCAAUACUUGGCGUUUGCGAAGCCAUAUGUCCCUGCAAUAGGUCGUUCCUUCAUUGUUGCUACUUUUAUUGAAGAUUCUUUCAGAAUUACCACCCAAUGGAAGGAACAGGUCUAUUAUCUUGCUACUUUCCGUCAUCUAUAUGAGUUUAUUGUCAAGAUGUUUCUUCUGAUAAACAUUAUCGGCAUGCUUACCGGUGUCGUGAUGGUCAUAUUAAGGAAACAGCCAGUUGCCUCUUCUUUGAUUCUAGUCUCAAUUGUUCUGCUACAAGGCUUGGUGUAUGGGUUAUUUUUCGAUCCUCCAUUUUUCCUUAGAAAUAUAUCUGUCAUUGGUGGCUUGCUUUUGGCUCUGUCUGACUCCCUGGUCAUUGAUAAGCGUGCUCUAUCCAUGCCAGGACUACCAAUGCUUGAAACUAAAGAUUAUAACAAGAAGUACUUUUUAUUAGCGGGUAGAAUCAUGCUUAUUGUGUUAUUCGUCACUUUUACAUUAUCGAUUAGAUGGUCUUUCAUUAACCUCCUCUUGAUUUUAGUUGGUACUCUUGCUUGUAUUUCUGUUGCUAUUGGAUACAAAACAAGAUUUUCCGCUUCCUUUUUGACAGUUUUAUUAAUGCUUCAUAACUGUAUGACUAACCAUUACUGGACCUACGCUUACCAGGACACCAGAAGAGAUUACUUGAGAUAUGAGUUCUUCCAAACUUUGAGUAUUAUUGGUGGUUUGCUAUUGAUUGUUAAUACCGGUGCAGGUGAGCUAUCCAUUGAUGAAAAGAAGAAGAAAUUCUAA